UAGAUAAAGGGUCGAUAAAGGUGCUGACUUGGCCAUAGGUUUAGGAGAUCGAGAAGGCAUGUAUCAAGAAGGCCUGGCCUAGCUUAAAGAGAGGAGCAAUGAAGAUCAAGAGAAAUAAACAGGCCAAGAAAAUCUUAACCUUCUACAAGCGUAACUUUGGACUACGUGAACCAUUUCAAGUUAUAGUUGAUGGCACGUUCAGUCAAGCUGCUCUCGUGGGCAAGAUCCUGAUCAAGGAACAGCUACCAAAGUACCUGGGGGGAGAAGUACAACUAGUAACAACCCGCUGUGUGAUAUCAGAGCUGAGUUCCUUGGGUAAUAAACUGAGUGGAGCCAUGCACAUUGCGAGGAGGUUCAAACUGAGAAAGUGUACCCACAGUGGAACACUACCUGCUGCCGACUGCAUACUUGCACUAAUCGGUAGUGAUAAUCCUCAUCAUUAUUUGGUGGCGAGCCAAGACCAGGACAUGAGAAGGAAGUUACGUCACCUACCUGGAGUCCCUCUAAUGCAUAUCAUCAGAAACACCAUUGUUCUCGAGAAACCAUCAGACUCCACACUAGACAAGGCUGAAGAUCUCACUCAGUCUAAGAUGGACUCCAGUUCGCAGGUCCUUGAUCGCCUCACACCCACCUCUGAGCAAACUAAACCGACAGUCCGACAAAGAAAGAAAAUAACCAAAGGCCCCAACCCCCUCUCUGUUAAAAAGAGCAAGAAGAAGCCAGCUGGUAGUGGUGCUGUUGGCGGUGGUCUGGUUAGCAAGAGUAAGAAAAAGAGACAAAGAAUUCAGCGGAAAAAAGCGUUGGAGAUUUUGGCUCAAGUGGUGAAGUCCACAAAUUCACAAGAACUUGUCCGAACUCAGAACAGCUAAUAAACAACAUCUGUUGCCCUAAUCCCUUGACCAUGAUUGCACUGUUUCGCUAUUAUUCCUGUGGUUCUAAGCUAGUGAUAUCUUUUGGCUUUGGGCCUGAUAAGCUAAUCUCUUAAUUGACCACCAUUGUUAAUCAUUAUACCACUUUAUGCAUUCUUGGGUUAAUUGUGAUCACGUACACUGUAUUAAUCAAGAAUUCAUGCACUACUGUGGACAUGCAGUCAGUGAAGUUGUGUAAA